AUGAUCGUGCUCAAGCUGUCGCUCAUGGCCUUCAGCUUCGUCUUCUGGGCAGCGGGGCUGACCAUGCUCAUCGUCGGCCUCUGGGCCACAGUGUCUCUGGGGAGCUACCUGGCGCUGUCGGCCAGCGACGCCCCCCGCGCCCCCGCCAUCCUCCUGGCCACGGGCGCCGCGAUCAUCAUCUGGGGCUUCCUGGGCUGCCUGGGGGCCGCCACGGACCACCGCGGCUUGCUGCGCGCCUACAGCACGUUCCUGGCGGCCGUGCUGGCGGCCGGGCUGGCGGCCGGGCUCUCGGCGCUGCGCUACCGGCAGCACCUCGCGCAGGGCUUCCAGGAAGGGCUGCGCCGGGCCCUACUCGCUUAUGGGGAGGACGAGGGGGUGGCGGACGCCCUGGACGCUUUGCAGCACACCUUGUCCUGCUGCGGCGUGGACAGCUACCGCGACUGGCCGCCCUCGCCCUGGGGGAUGGAGCAGAACGGCUCGGUGCCCCUCAGCUGCUGCCGGGUGCGCCGGGGCUGCCGCCGCAGCCCUCCCGACGCCCGCGGGCUGCACCGCGACGGCUGCUUCGGCAAGGUGUCGGCCUUUGUCAGCGGCAACAUGUUCUACGUCGCCUCGUCUGCGCUGGGGCUGGCGUUGCUGCAGCUCGUCGGCAUUGCGCUGGCCUGCCUGCUGGCUGCCCGCAUCCCUGAUGCUCACCUGCGGGGCAUCGCCACCCCAUGCUGA